AUGCGCCAAUCUUCGCGUGCGGCUAUCGCAACUCUUGCGGUGACAGUGACUGCUGCAUCGGAAAGCGAUGCACGCACCGUAUCCAAUGUUCAGGCCGCCAUACCUGCAAAUGGGACCUUGCUAGGUAUCGAUUUGAUUCCUUCAGCCGUGAUAGCGGGCGCAGUUUACAAUGCAUCUGCUAGUAUGGGUAGCACUACCACAUACACCUCCUGCAAUGUUACAGUUACAUACACCCACACCGGAAAAGACGAUAAGGUGGUCAUAAAGUAUGCUUUCCCAAGUCCUUCCGAUUUCGAAACCCGCUUUUACGUCGCUGGUGGAGGUGGUUACUCUCUUUCUAGUGAUGCAACUAGAGGACUUACAUACGGUACCGCUAGUGGUGCCACUGAUACAGGAUACCAUACCUUUGAUUACAGUUAUAAUAAGGUAAUCCUAUAUGGCAAUGGAUCCAUUAAUUGGGACACUAUAUAUAUGUUUGGGUACCAAGAGUCAGGUGAGAUGAUUCAGGUUGGAAAGACAUUUAUGAAGGGCUUCUGCGGCUUGUCCGAUGACACAAAGGUCUACACCUACUACAAAGGAUGCUUUGAUGAAGAAAGAGAGAGUAUAAGUCAAGUCUAA